UUCAUCAAAGACAAACUCAACACAUGGAAAAAGAAGCUGAUGGAGAGGACUGUGGAGGACCAGAACCAGCCAGGAACUCACAUCCACUUUUACAACCAGAAACUGAAGACAAGGCUUCAGACUCUUCAGAGACUGACGUCAGUGAUGGUGAUUGGGAGGAGAGCAGAGAACCUCAGUCAACUUUAAACUAUUUGAAGAAUAAACAAGUCACUGUUGGGGAUAUUAACUGUAAAUCUGUUGGGGAAUCCUUCAGCUGCUCUGAGUGUGACAAAGGAUUUGGUACAAAGGGAAGUCUGAAGAGACACAUGAUGACUCACACAGGAGAGAGACCUUUCAUCUGCUCUGAGUGUGGGAAAAGUUUUACAGAAAGUGGAACAUUACAGGCACACAUGAGAACUCACACAGGAGAGAAGCCUUUCAGCUGCUCAGUCUGUAAGACAUCUUUUAGAGAGCGUGGAAAUUUACGAGCACACAUGAGAAUUCACACAGGAGAGAAACCAUUUAGCUGCUCCGACUGUGGGAAAAUAUUUGGCCGCACAUCACUUCUGAAGAGACACAUGCAAACUCAUACAGGAGUAAAACCUUUCAGCUGCUCAGUCUGUAAGAAAUCUUUUACACAGAGGGAAAACUUACAGAUACAUAUGACUAUCCACACAGGACAGAGGCCAUUUAGCUGCACAUUCUGUGAGAGAGGUUUCACAGCGAGAGGAAGUUUGGAGAAACACAUGAGAAUCCACACAGGGGAGAGGCCGUUUACCUGCUCCGUCUGUAAGAAAAGUUUUAGAGAUAGAGGAAGUUUAAAUAGACACAUGAGAGUCCACAACUGACAGGAACUAGCGUUUUCAUUAGAUGUUAUACUCCGUUGUGUGGGUCCUUAAAAAGUCUUACAUUUGAAUUUUAGGCCUGUUAAAUUUUUGUUCUGUUUAGUUUUUCAAAUGUUGCUUUAUGUUGUCUGCCUUUAACAAAGUAACAUUUGUUAACUGAUCAAUGGGUGGAAGUGUUGGCAUUACGGGCCUAGCCCUCAAAUGGUUUGAAUCUUACUUGACAGUUUUACUGUCCAUUGGUAAUUGCUCUUCAUCUGCUGCCCCUCUUUCUUGUGGGGUCCCCCAAGGUUCCAUUUUGGGACCCAUGCUCUUUUCUCUGUACAUGCUGCCCUUGGGGUCCAUUAAAAAAAAAAUAACAUAACAUUUUGUUUUAAAGACAACGAUGAGGACACACUUCAGCUUUUGCUUAACUACUUGAGAGAUCUCAAAAUAUGGUUGGAUCAGAAUUUUCUCUGCCUCAAUGCCAAUAAGACUGAAAUUGUUGUGUUCGGCGCUGAACAUUUUAGUGCUUGUGUAGAUGCUCUUGGUGCUUGAGAAUCUGGGUGGGAUUUUUGACAGUGCUUUUAAAUUUGACAAACCGAUUUGUUCUGUUAAAACCAGUUUCUUCCAGCUGAGACUUUUGGCUAAGGUCAAGCCCUACCUGCUACACAAAGACUUCGAAAGAGUCAUACAUGCAUUUAUUACGUCCUGUUUAGACUACUGUAACUCUUUGUAUGUUGGAUUGGAUCAGUCAUCCCUUCGUCGGUUAUAGCUAGUCCAGCACGCAGCAGCUCGACUUUUAACCGGGACCAAAAAGCGUGACCACAUUACACCAGUUUUGGCCACGCUCCACUGGCUUCUUGUCCUUUUCAGGAUUGAUUUUAAAAUUGUAUUGCUUGUUUUUAAGAUUUUUAAUGGGUUGUCGCCUUCUUCUUUAUCGGAGCUUUUACAUGUCCACACACCUGUCAAAGCAGUCAGGUCUUCCAAUCAGAUGCUCCUCGAUGUGCCCAGAUCCAGGUUACAAAAUAAAGGUGACCGAGCCUUUGCAGUGGCUGCUCCGAACCUCUGAAAUAGUCUCCAUAUUCACAUAAGAACAGCCCGGACCGCUGAAACAUUCAAGUCCUUGCUGAAGACCCGCUACUAUUCUUUAGCUUUCAAUUCAAAUUGAGCUUUGACAACUUGUCAUUUUUUUUCUACUGUUGAUUAUUUUGUAUUGUGUAUUGUUUGUGUAUAUUAUCAUUUUGGUUGUUUUUUUUGUCACUUUGGUCAACUAUGCUUGUUUUUAAACGUGCUAUAUAAAUAAAAUUGAACUGAACUGAUCCUUCAUCUCUAUAUUAACAUCUCUUAUGACCUCUGUCCAGGGACUACAGAUGAAGAUUAGCUUUUAGCUACAUUUGGUACGAUAUAGGUGUUGUGCAUUGUCCCUGCUUGAUAAAAAAUAAAAAGAAUAACCUACUGUAUGUUUGUUAACCA